CAAGGCAGAGUACAAAAACAGGGAAAAGAUUGCAGUAGUGAUUAAAAAGUGUCAUGUCUCUGAAUCUCCUCUUGACCACAGAUUCACAAUAUGGUUUAGGUCUGGUGAAUGUACAGUCAUGUGAUGCAGCUGCGGUCUAGAUGGUGCUGUUACUGUAUCCAGAGACUGAUUCAUGGCACACAGCAGGAGAAGCAGCGCUGUCAAGUCGGCGUCCCUUGGUAGCUGCAAACAAAUGUCACAUUCCCCCAUUAUCAUCUUGAAAAUGUAAUACUACUUGGAGAGGAGAGCCCCCAGAGGGAGCCGGCGCCAGCGCGGCGUGAUCUUAAAUGGGAAAUUUGUUGGGCAACUGGCGACUCAAGGAGCCGAGCACCGUGGAGGAAUGCGACUCGACGUGGGGGUCGGACUCGGAGAGCGAGCAGCUGGCUGCAGAAGAAGACAACGGCAUCUCCGAGAGCGUGAGCCCGGUGGAGAACGAGUGGCCCGCCGGAAACAAUGGAGACUCGCCCUCGAAGCUGACUGACUCUCCAGAGUUUCUUCCAAAGAUGAAGAGGAGUUUUUACGCUGCCAGAGACUUGUACAAAUACCGCCACUGCUAUCCGAAUUACAAAAAGUCCCGGCAACCCAGCGAGUACCGUAACCUGCGUUUCUACCUUAACAUGAUACCACUCGUACCUGAUGGUAUUUAUAUAGAAGAGAUUUUGACAAGGUGGAGAGGUGACUAUGACAAGUUGGAGCACAAUCACACCUACAUUCAGUGGCUGUUCCCAUUACGAGAACAAGGGCUAAACUUCUACGCACAUGAAUUGACUCAGGAUGAGAUUAAAGAAUUCCAAAGCACUCGGGAAGCCAAGCGGAGGUUCUUGGCAGCUUAUUCUCUGAUGUUAGACUUUUACGGCAUCAAACUACUUGAUAAGGGCGGAAAUGUUGCUCGUUCUUCCAACUGGGAUGAGCGCUUCCAUCAUCUUAAUGAGUCACAGCACAACUACCUGCGCAUUACCCGCAUUCUGAAGUCGCUGGGUGAACUCGGCUACGAGGCCUUCAAAGCUCCUUUGGUACGCCUGUUCUUGGAGGAGUCGCUACACCACAACACACUUCCCAACAUGCAGCACAGCAUCCUGGAAUACUUUGUGUAUACCAUCCGUCGGCCCUCCGCCCGUAGACGGCUGCUGCGGUAUGCCCGCCAGCACUACAGGCCUGUUCACGCCUUCCUCUGGGGUCCACCGUCAAAGAGAUCCAAACCGAGGAGCGGGGAUGGUGCAGGGGCUGGCAGCAGUGGUAUCCGAGCACCUGCUCCCACACCGGAACUGCAGAGGAAGGAGGAGAUGAACUUCAUCCCUGCUUCUGCAUGUAGUGGGACGCUUGUGUCUUUUCACCAUGUGGCCGCAGAUUGCCUGGAUGAAACCACACCACUGGGCUACAACAUAGAUGGACUGGAGGGGCCACUUAUUAUGAUGCUCGGGAGGAACGAUUACAGUGAGGCCGUUACUUUGUAACGUGCCAUGUAAUUGAUACUCAGUAAAGUAGACGUACUGGCAUUAGGGUGAAGAAAAAUAUCCUUGUUUAGUAUCUUUUUAGGACCCUGUACUAUUCAAUAUAAAACUCAAGAGAUCAUGUAAAUUAUUGUAUUCAUCAUUAUUACUUAUAGUACUGUAUCCUAAGGGCUUAUGAUAAACCUCCACUAUUUGCUGUUGAUUUGUUUAAGAUGUGCUCAAGAACAUUAGCUACGACAGGACAAGAUAAACAAAAUGUUAUGGACUGAAUACCCCAACCAUGUGAACUUUUUCAGGGACAUUUAAACACAAGAUGAAACAUGCCUGUAUAUUUUUGUGAUUUAGAGCUUGAGCCAACUUGCUAUCUGAUGUUUUGGAGCACUUCUGAAGCAAGUGCUUGCAGUCCAUACGGUUCAACAAAUCAUGAAUGCAGAGCCACAGGAGGGACCAGAAUGAACCUGGACGAAACCUACUUUGUAUAACAAUGUGUGAAGCGGCAUUUCAUUACUCUUAAAACUCAGCAAAACAACAAACAUGAGGAGCCCAAGAACACUUAGCAAUAUUUUAGCAAUUCUACUAUAUAUAUUUUAGAGUACCGGUAAUUUAAAACUCAGGUUUUGUCCCUGAACCCGGAUUAAAUAGUGCAAGAUGAAACUUGUAUAUUUUGGUACUUGUGAAGACAUUGCACCACUUACUUGUAAAAACAGAUUAAGACAAAUUGGGAUUUAUACCCUUUUAAGAUGGGCCAUGCAUUUUUAGUCACAUCGCUACUUUCAUUCUAAACAGAUUAAUGCAAUAAAUAACUGCAGGUCAAUGACACAAAAAUGGACAAAUGUAUUUUAUGGCGCUCAUAAAACUUCACGUUCUAGCUUGAUUGUUCUAAAAUUUAAGAUCUCCCCAGAAUCAAAUUUUCACCUCAAGGUUUACAGGAUUUACGAUUGCUUUUAGGGUUGAAAAAAGUUGAUAGGUAAAUUUGUUUGGAAUUACAAUUUUAUACAUAAUCAACCUUAUGAAAUAAUAAAUUAUAUUACAUUGUUUACCAUUGAAUUUGUAAUCAUAAACUAUUUAUAGAUCCUUAAUUAUAACCCCCAUAUAGUCAAGUGUCCUGUACAGGUGCAUCUAAAUGUUAAUUACAAAUGUUCUUAAUAGUACUUUGUCUGUUUCGUCAAAUAAUAUAUACAGUAUCUUUUUUGCUUGAAUAGAAAAGUCUAGUCUGCUACUCGAGGAGUUUCAAUUGUACUUUUAAAAUCAAGUCUUUCGUGUGAGGUAGGUAAUAUUAAGGCUGCGUUGAAGAUAAAAUAAUUAUGCAAAUAAUGUCGUGCAAUACUUAAAUUCAGAUUUGUUAGAAUAAAGUAUUACUACAAGAGAAUAAAGUCGUAGGAUGAGCGUAAACGAUAAGAACUGUUGCAGGCACAAUAUCCAACCAUUCUUACACUGUUGCAACGUUUUCUACUCUCAACAGAACUUUCUCCACAUGAUACUGCAGUUUUCUUUUUAUUUCCAGUGUGGCCAUUUGUAAAGUAGCAAAGAGCAGAAUGUUUGACAUUCACAUCUGUUGAGGUAAACCAAUGGGCUUUGAGUACCGGAAAGUCUCGUGUACCCAACUAACUGGCUAAAAAAAAAAUUAAAAUCAACAUUUUGGAUAACGUGUAUUCCUGUUAAAAGUGCUGUAAGGUUACUUCAAAUAGCGGAUAUACUAUCAAGAAGGCUGUAUUUAAGCUAUACUUUUUAGGAUUCACGUAUUUAGGGUUAAAACCUGUCAAUUUCUGUAGUGAAUAUACACGUAGGUCAUUUUCACCAAGGCUAAAUAACAAACUUGACUGCGAUGGUGAACUAUGAGCCCUUAAAUGUGAAUUUUGUAAUACUCUAUAAUGAACAAGCAGUAAAAACACACAAUGCUUUUGUUUCGCACGCCUUGUACCACAGUGAAAAUAGUUGUAAUUAUAUCUUAGCGUCUGAUGAGUGUCUAAAUGUCCUGUAUACAGUAUUCUGCGUAAGAUUGACGGGUUCACCUUUUAGAAAGAAAUAAGAUCGAACACCGCAGGAUGAGGUUGUCUUAUGCUCACCCAGAUAGGCCUUUUCAAAUAAUGUAGAAUUUGUCAGAUGCUCGUGUUUGUACUUGACUUCCCAAUUCAUGUUCUUCCUGCUGGCUGAUGUACCACAGCCGUGCACUUGAUCAAAUUGUAAAAACAUACGUUUCAGGUGACAUGUGAUCACAUGGGCUAAACUGUUUGACUUUUUUUGCAUACUCUAUACUAUAUGUGGAUACGAGGGCGUGGAAUGCUAUUAAGUGCCUCUUUUGUAUUUUAUUGGUGUCUGAAAGGAUAGAAUUUCCCAAUACGUUCUUGUGAACUGUUUUUGUAUAGAAUUGUAAUCAUUUUAAUAAUAUUGCUAUUGAGUAUGAGGAAUUAACUUGCUAAACAUAAAGCAACAUAUAAACGUUUUUGAACCUCUUGGAAUAAUGUGUAUGGGGCUCAUUUAAUCAAUACUAUUGUUUUGUGGUUCACUGUUAGUAUGUUAAUACAGCUUUUACUUCCCAGACUUUACAGUGUUAACAAGAUAAUGUAUGGUACAAUAAUGUUUAAUGAAUACACACAAUGUAAAAUAAAAAUUGGGCUUGUGUUUAUUCCAGAAAUGUAACCUUUGGAUUUUAAUAUAUUUACAAGUGGAUAAAGUGAAUGUA